CCUAAGCACUUUAAUAGAUUCCCCCCAUUGUGCCUUUGUUGCUCCUUUCUACUCUGGUAACAAAAAAAGGUAAAAAAAAAGUUUCCCAGAGGGGAAACCUGCUGAUUAUUAUUAGAAAUACCAGUCAUCUUAUAAGAAUUCCACAAUUGAUUUUAUUACAUUGAAGGCUUAAGUAUAAAGUCCAACACGUGCUUUGCAAUCUCACUUUUUCUGAAGGGUCAAUAUCUCAGUAAAUCCUCCCUUCCCCAUAAUGUCAGGUUCUCUGGGAAACCAGUCAGGUGUUCAUAAGGACACCUCAGCACUCAGACAUACGUUCAUGAUGGAAGGAGCUGCACGGAGUAUGCUGUAUGUUUUAUUCUUCAUCCUUGUACCUUGGAGUCUUGUAAACGGUACCUCCAUAAAAGUAGAAUUUCCUAAAGAUGUUUUUCACAACAAGACGAUCAUCACCGACCAUCAUCAUCUUGAAGAGGACCUGAAGCAUGACCUGGGAGAAAUUGACCUUGAAAAAGCUUCGGAAGAUGAGCUUGAGUUCUAUUACUUCACAAUACAUGACUUUGAUCACAAUAAGCUCCUAGAUGGACUGGAAAUCUUGGCAGCUUUACAGGAAUCUCUUGAAGAGCAUUUAGGAGCCGUUUUCUCUAAGGAGGAAAGGAUGAAGCAUUAUAUAGUAAUGACAGAUGAAGUUCUAGAAGAAGACGAUCUGGAUAAGGAUGGGUUUUUAUCAUUUGUUGAAUAUAUGCACUCUCAAAAACGCACUGCAAGUCCAACCACAAUUCUGGAUAAAACAGCAAAGGACAAAACAGGAUCUAAGAAAAACAGCUAAAAUAUCAAUAAAAUCCUUUUCCAUGUACAGUAGCUGUGUUGCCAGUGUAUAUCU